AUCAAAUGAAGCGCGUUAACAGUUAACGUAAACAGCUGAUUCUGUUUACUGUUUUCACUUGAACCGGUUAACUGAAAUCUUUUCACUUUUUAUUUGAUUCCUUUUAAUUUUUCCAAUUGUUAAUCAUCUAAUUUUAAAAUGAAAUUAAUUAACAAGAGUAACAAUGAGCUGAGAAGAUUAUUACAUUUAUCUUCUUCAAUUAAUUCAAAGAAACCUCAUCGUAUGAGUCGUGUGUUAUUGUUGGACAAGACAAAUUUUGAUAAUUCAAUUUCUAAAAGUUUCUCGUUAUUAAAAGAACGUAGUUUUGUUGCAUCAAAUCUUUCUGGUUUACAUUAUCUUUUACCUUUGGCAACUCGAUCAUUAACCAAAUUAAUCUCAAUUAUUGACCAAGAAAUGGAAGCAAUCGGAUGCGAAAAGAUGAUUCUACCAACUUUAGGUCAUUCUGGUCUCCUAAAAAUCUCAGGAAAACUACCUGACCAUCAACAAGAUGUGUUCAUAUUUAAAGAUCGCCAUGGCCAAGACCUUUUCUUGACCCCAACUCACGAAGAAAUGUUUUGUUAUUGGCUUUCGAAGGAGAAAAUAUUUGAGAAACAACUUCCCAUUUACUUAUAUCAAAUCGCAUCAAAAUACAGAGACGAAGCUCGACCUCGAAGUGGCCUACUCAGGGGCAAAGAAUUCAUGAUGAAAGAUCUUUACAGUUUCGAUGCAACUGAAGCUGAUUCUCAAAACUCUUAUAAUCGAGUUUGUCAAAGUUAUCAAAAUAUUUUCGAUCGAUUGGAAAUUAAUGUUAUCAAAGUUCAAGCUGAUCCUGGUGCGAUUGGAGGGAAUCAUUCACAUGAAUACCAUCUAAUAUCGGACAUUGGUGAAGAUACAAUUCACCUUUGUUCAAAUUGUAAUCAAGGAUUUAGUGAGGAAUAUAUUGAGAAACAACAAUCUAAUCAAAGUAAAUAUUGUGAUUCUUGUAAUUGUGAUUUACAAGCUAAACAAUCAAUAGAAGUGGGUCAUGCCUUUUAUUUAGCAACGAGAUACACUCAACCAUUUAGAUGUUUUUAUCGGUCAAAGACAAACAAUUACAGUUUACUACAAAUGGGAAGUUAUGGUUUAGGAGUAACUCGCAUUUUGGCCUCUUGUGCGGAAAUUUUAUCGACACCUCGACAAUUAAAGUGGCCUAAACAAAUUGCACCUUUCCAUGUAACUGUUAUACCACCAAAGAUGAACAGCAAAGAAUCAAAUGUUAACCAAUUGGCUGAAGAUUUAGCUCAACAAUUAGCCAAAUAUACAAAUGCUGAUGUGGUCAUCGAUGAUAGAUCAGAAUUGACCAUUGGCUAUCGGCAAGUUGUCUCAAAAUGUUUAGGAAUACCUGUCAAUAUAAUUGUCGGUAAAAAAGCCCAACAAGAAAUCCCGUUAUUUGAAUUUUCUUAUUAUCGACAAAAUCAUCGACUUGAUAACGAUAAAGUUGAAACUAUUAAGAAAGAUUUAAGUUUAUCAGAAAUAAUGGAAGAAAUUAAAUUGUUGUUCCCAAUAAAUGAUGAAAAUUAAAUUGAAUUGUUUGAAUUUUGGACAAGUUAAUUUAUCAGAAAAUUCAAAUGAUAACUUGACAAUUAAAAACAAAAAGUUUUGCUCUUUUUGCUAACAA